AUAUCUUACGCGGUCUACUUAGUGUCUUACCUUGGCGCACCACGAGACCACCACGCUAUUUUCGUCGAAACCAACGCCGACCACUCUAGGUUCAUAUUCCAGGUUACUAGGGAUAUCCAGAGAGGAAUGACAUUUGGUCACAAGCCAGCGAAAAGGCCAGAAGACUUGAACUCUUUUGUCUCUAAAUCCUAUAUCGGUACUGUCUCCGAAACCAACUAUGCUCAAAUCCAGUCUAUCGUCGAUGCAAUUCCACCUCCACCGAAACAAUUCAACGGACCGAAACGCAUCAACCUAAGCGUACCACUAAGACGCUGCCAGGAAUAG